AUGGAGUACCGAGGGAACAAGGAGAAUGACUGCACCCUGAGAAUCACAGACCUGAAAUGGAAACUGCAGGUGGAGAAUGGACAACAUCUAGAUGAGAGCACCUCCCCCCAGUACAAAGACCCAGUCUCCAGUAACUAUGAAGACAGUUACUCCUGUGCUGUAAAAGGCCAUGAGGAUCUCCACUCUCCUGCAGUGUGUGUCCCGGGUCAGCGCUGCAACAGAGUGACUUACACCAAGAGGACAAUCUGUGCCUUGAAGGGGUCAACAGUGAACAUAUCCUGUACUUAUGUUAGCUAUUAUUACACCAAAUCAUCAUUCUGGUUUAGAAGUGAUAAGUCGACCCCUGAAGACCUAACCACAGACCCAGGGUAUGCAGGUCGUGUGGAGUAUGCUGGAACAUACAAAGAUCCCUUCACCCUGAGAAUCACAGAUCUGAGAGAGGAGGACUCAGCUGAGUACCGCUUCACUUUUAAAAUGUACUACUUUGAAUGGGGUCCUAGUUUCCCAGGAACAACUCUGUCUGUCACAGGUCUGCAGGUGAAGGUGACUCCUGCUGCAGAGGGACAGAAGACACUGACCUGUAGCACCACCUGUACUCUGACUGACAACCCCACCUACAUCUGGUACAAGAACGGACAACGUCUACAUGGAGAGAGGUCGCUCCACCCUGAGAAUCACAAAUCUGAGAGAAAGGACUCAGCUGAGUACAAGUUCAUAUUUAACACACAGACCUCAAGAUGGGGAUACAGCUUCCCUGGAACAACUCUGACUGUCACAGACCUGCAGGUGAAGGUGACUCCUGCCACAGAGGCAGGGAAGAGGACACUGACCUGUAGCACCACCUGUACUCUGACUGACAACCCAACCUACAUCUGGUACAAGAACGGACACAAAGUAAAGGAGGACACUUCCAGCCUGUACUCAGACUACUUUAGUGAUGCAGACAGUUACUCCUGUGCUGUAAAAGGCCAUGAGGAUCUCCACUCUCCUGCAGUGUGUCAGAAGUGUUGGAGUGUGACUUACACCCAUCAGAAGAUCUGUGCUUUAAAGGGGUCAACAGUGAACAUAUCCUGCUCUUACACAUAUCCCAGUUAUCAUGAGAUCAUAACAGCUUUCUGGUUUACUAAAUGGUCUGGUAAGGAUCCUGAAGAUCUGAGCUCAGCUCCAGGGUAUGAGGGUCAUAUAGAGUACCUUGGGGAUAAGGAGAGUGACUGUACCCUGAGAAUCACAGACCUGAGAUUGAGUGACUCUGCUGGGUACAGGUUCAGAUUCAUAACAUCUGGAGAAAAGUUUCAUGGCUCACCUGUCUCCCUGACUGUCACAGAUGUUGUGUUGGAGAUGGAUCCUACAUCUGUGUCAGAGAGGGAGAAUGUCACACUGACAUGUAGAACCAAAUGUACACUGGACCCCAUCACAGCCUACAGUUGGUAUAAGAAUGGACAGCCUUUACCAAACAGCAACACCUCCUCUCCUGUCUAUAUCCUAUUCUCAGUCAGCAGUGAGGAUACAGGCAGAUACUCCUGUGCUGUAGAAGGCCAUGAGGAUCUCCCCUCUGCUGAAGAGACUCUCACUGUCAGAUAUGGUCCAAGGAACACCUCAGUGUCAGUCAGUCCCUCUGGUGAAAUAGUGGGGGGCAGUUCAGUGACUCUGACCUGCAGCAGUGAUGCCAACCCACCUGUGUACAAAUACACCUGGUACAAGAAGAACAUAACCUCACCAAAAGCAUCAGGACAGAGUUACAGUAUCACUAACAUCAGCUCUGAGGACAGAGGAGAAUAUUACUGUGAGGCUGAGAAUACAAUAGCAUCUAUGAACUCUACAGCUCUGAUGAUCAUUGUAGCAGGGAAACAAACAUCAGUUGUGACUGCAGCUGUAGGAAUCAUAGUGGUUGUUUUGGUUCUCAUCCUCUGUCUCUCUGGACUCAUGUGGUCCAGGAAGGUCUCCAAAUCCACCUCCAACACAAGAGACACAGCAGACGAUGGACAGGGAGACUCUAGUCCAGUGUAUGACAACAUCUCAGGCAUGACCAUGACCUCUACUGCAGCACAGACAGCAGCAUCGGACGACCAGGAUGAUGUUCACUAUGCCAGCGUCCACUUCUCUCGUUCCAAAAACCAGGAAGUGCCUCUGUACUCCACCGUCCAGCUGCAUCAACCACAGAAACAGGACCAAGAUGUCCAAUACGCUGCUGUGAAAUUCAACCUCCCCAGUUCUGUCACCCAGCCCACGGUGGAACAAGCAGCUGAGGAGGCCUCCUCUGUUCUUUACAGCACAGUCAACAAACCCAGAACCAAGAAGACCUGAACACAACAAACCCAGAACCAAGAAGACCUGAACACAACAAACCCAGAACCAAGAAGAACUGAACACAACAAACCCAGAACCAAGAAGACCUGAACACAACAAUCCCAGAACCAAGAAGAACUGAUAAUAACAAACCCAGAACCAAGAAGACCUGAACACAACAAACCCAGAACCAAGAAGAACUGAAAACAACAAACCCAGAACCAAGAAGACCUUGUAUAUCUGGACCCGUAUAUUCAAACUAGUGGUAUAAUUAAGCAAUAAGGUCAGAGGUGGUGUGGUAUAUUGGCCAAUAUACUGUACCACGGCUAAUGACUGUUCCUCUGCACAACACAAUGCAGAGUGCCUUGAUACAGCCCUUAGCCGUGGUAUAUUGACCAUAUACUACAAGCCCGAGGGCCUUAUUGCUAUUAUAAACUGGUUACCAACAUAAAUAGAAAGUAAACAAAUAUUUUUGUGUCAUACCAGUGUUCUAUUGUCUGAUAUACAGUACAUGAAAUGAAAUGCUUAUUCAGCCAAUCCAGGACACAAACUACCUGGUUUAUAAUAGUAUCUAAUAAUAUACAGUAUAUUCAGAAAGUAUUCAGACCCCUUGACUUUUUCCACAUUUUGUUACGUUACAGCCUUAUUCUAAAAUUAAUUAAAUAAUUUUUUCCCCCUCAUCAAUCUAUACACAAUACCCCAUAAUGACAAAGCAAAAACAGGUUUUUAGAAAGGUUUGCAAAUUGAUUAAAAAUACAAAAUUGAAGUAUCACAUUACGUAAGUAUUCAGACUCUUUUCUCAGUACUUUGUUAAAGCACCAUUGGCAGCGAGUCUUUCUUGGGUAUCAUGCUACCAGCUUAAACAUUUUUUAUACAGCAAGUACAUUUUGUUGUCUGUUACCCAAAUAAAUUACAUUAGUUUCUAUACACUUUAUAUAUAGUUUGCUAGAUUUUUUCAAAUAUUUGUUUAAAUGUUUCUAUGACAAAGUUACAGCACAAUUUUGCCACAUAAAACAGGAAGUAGUUCUGCUUGAUGCAAUGUUUCUUAUUACUUUUAUCAAAACAUUACUAAUGUGUGAAGUGUAAACAAAUCGUAAACAAAUCAUAAACAUGCCGCUGUAAUUCAGCGGCAACGCGCCGUAUAGUUCACAAUCCACUUUGUUCAGAGCAGCUGUGUGAUGCACAACAAUGCCAGCUUAUGGAAGUCACAUCACUUGAUUGUCAGAGGUAACAGAGUUAAUUUCUAGAUGGCUAGCUUUCGGUUUCACUGAACAACGUCUGCUUCAUGUAGCUAACAAGCCAGCUGAGAUAGCUAGUUCACUGAAUAACGUCUGCUUCAUGUAGCUAACAAGCCAGCUGAGAUAGCUACUUCACUGAACAACGUCUGCUUCAUGUAGCUAACAAGCCAGCUGAGAUAGCUACUUCACUGAACAACGUCUGCUUCAUG